UUAAUUUCAAACUUAACGGCGGCAGCAGCUGAGCUACGCAUAAGAAAAACAAUCAUUCAAUUUUAAAAUUGUAUAACUUAGCAUUCGACUAAACAAUCUAUCUUCGUAUAUUAUAACAGAGAAACAAACUUUUCGAUUUAGUGCCCGGCUGCCACUUGCUUGGCCGCUUUGGGAAAAAUCAAUUAACUUUAAUUCUCAUUCCAAACAUGGCCACAGCACCAGCAGCAACAGCAAAGGGGAAUUCAAAAUCUAUUUAUAAUGGCAUCUUUGGGGCACUGCGUACACUUUUGCAUCUAAUAGCAGCCGUACAAUUUUCAUAUGGCAUAUUUUAUGAUUAUUCCUAUGUCGAGUUUCCUGUUAACAUCAAUGAUAAUGCAAAGCCAAUGCAUCAUCCGUUUGGAGGAAAAUUCAAAUAUCUAACUUUUUUGGAUGCGAUAAUUCAGGCUCUGUAUUAUAUUGUAUCGCUGGCCAAUGAUUUUGUUGGCACCAAUGAAUUGACGCCAAAAAGACCGCCAGCAAUACGCAGAUUUAAGGAUUGGCUAUUGGCCACAUUGGCCUUCCCGGUGGCCCUCAAUGUGGGUGUUACCUUCUGGACCCUAUAUGCCAUCGAUCGUGAAUUGGUCUUUCCAAAAAUUUUGGAUCCCGUAUUCCCAAGUUGGUUGAAUCAUGUGCUGCAUACAAAUAUUGUUGUCUUCAUUGUUCUGGAGCUAUUUACCUCGUAUCGAGCAUAUCCUAAACGUAGCACUGGACUAACUGGUCUGGCCAUCUUUAUGGGCAGCUAUUUGAUAUGGAUUCACAUUGUGAAACAUUAUUCAGGUGUUUGGGUAUAUCCAGUAUUGGAAGUAUUGCAAUUACCUCAACGUAUACUCUUCUUUGCCGCCGUGCUGGGUUUCACAUUCUCGCUCUAUGUCCUGGGCGAGUUUCUCAAUAACAUUGUGUGGGCCAAGGAAGUGAAAUUGGCCAAACGCAAAUCCAAUUAGGCUGUGCGUAGUCAUGUUUAAUUAGCAACUAUCUAAUAUACUCUAUAUGUAAUUUACAUAUAUACACAACAACAAAAAGAAGGAAAUGAAUUUUGCUUAUAUUUUACAGAUUGUAUGUACCUAUAUAAAAAACCAAAAAGAAAAAAAAGAAGAGAAACUACUAUCAAAUGGAAAGGUUUAUGAUAUUCUUGAACUUGACAAAACCACAAAUUUUAAAAGAAAAUUUAUUAUAGAUCAAAAUAGUUUAUGUUAAUUAUAUUGCACACAACUGGGUCAAAAGGUUCGAGCAAACGUGUUUUUGAUGAAUAAUUACAUAUGUACAUCAAAUUUAGAAAGCCUUUUAAUUGCUAACAAUUACUUUAACUUGAAAUUCAUAUUAAUAAUAAUAAUAAAACUCAAUUAAAAGGUUUACCCAA